AUCUAUUUUAGUCACCAGGUGAAAGAUGGCCGCCAGACUCCUACUGACCUUGUGGCUGGUGUUCCUAGUCGGGCGCACGGUGUGGACGGAAGAAGAUACAGGUCCCAGUGUCGCCUUGGGGAAGCCAGCGUUCCAAAGCAGCACGUAUGCAGACGGUGGGGCUGCCAGCCGGGCCGUUGACGGAAAUGGCUCCCCCUACUGGGCGUCCAGAAGCUGCACGCACACUAAGCAAGAGGAUAACCCCACCUGGUGGGUGGAUCUCGGCCAAUCGUAUGUGGUUAACAGUGUGUUAAUCGUUAACCGCCGGGACUGUUGCUCCGAACGACUCAACCCCUUCAACAUCCACAUCGGGGAUUCCGACCAGGUCAGCACCAACCCUAAGUGUGGAGGUGAUCAUCAAAUCGACGUGGCCAAGCACUAUGCAAUUCGCGUCUCAUGUCCGGGGAUGCGGGGACGCUUUGUGGCCGUCCGUCUGCCUGGACCGUCGAGAAUACUGGAGCUAAAGGGUCCAAGGCUUAUGUGCGCUACCCCCAACCCAAGCAAGCUUCCGCCACGCGAAGCUAGAUCGGGCAACGUCGUGGACGCACGGGAAGCUCGACUUGAAUUGUCCACCCAGCUACCAUACUGA